AAGGGCUAGUUGCAACGGGCUCCUCCAGAUGGGCUGUCGUUUGGCUCGAUUGGCUUAAGUUCUGAGCGCACCGAGACUUUGGGUUACUUCCUCUGCUCACAUACAUCACAGUGUGGAUGGGAAGUUACUGCAUCUAUUCGCAUUUGAACUUCUGCAGUUGCGCCUGAUGUUGUUUGGAUAAAACGAGCAAUUCGAAAGAUGAACAAGAUAGUUGUCAAGAGGUCAAAUCAAUACAAGAUUUUGGAGGAACACAGGAGUGAGGAGGAGAGAUGCAAUGUGGACUGUCUGGUAACAGAUGAACAGCAUAUAGACUUACUGUGCCAAGAUGCAAUAGAAGACAACCUUGUUGUAGACAGGAGGUACGGGGCUAGUCUGGGUGGGGUCAAAGUUCGCUACAAGCGGCAGGCACUUCAGGACAUGGCGAGGCCGCUGAAGCAGUGGCUGUACCAACACAGGGACAACCCCUACCCCACCAAGACAGAGAAGACCCUGCUCGCCCUGGGGUCCCACAUGACUUUAGUACAGGUCUCAAACUGGUUUGCCAAUGCCCGGCGGAGGCUGAAGAACACAGUGAGACAGCCAGACCUGAGUUGGGCUCUACGUAUCAAACUCUACAACAAAUACGUUCAGGGCAACGCUGAGAGACUUAGUGUCAGCAGUGAUGACACCAACUCUGAGGACGACGAAUGUCUCUUACAAACUCCAGCAAAUCAAUCAGAGAUCUCCAGGCCCUCCCUCAAGAGUGUCAUCAAACAGGAGAAAAGGACUGAUCCCGCCUACAGUGACGACUACAUCUCUCCACCGCCCAAGUACAAGAGCAGCUUGCUGAAACGGUACCUUAACGACACCCUACGACACGUAAUGGCGACCACUGAUGAUGUCACAAAGUCCCGCCGCAGGAACCACUCAGAGUCGUUCAGCUCCAACGAGUGUGACGAUGACCUUGUCUCGCCCUCUUCCUCUGAGGCAGAGACACGCUUUGUCUACCCUAUGUACAUGAUGGACUUUGCAUCAACUAGAUGUGACAGUGAUGGGAAGAGUGAAAGAGGCCAGCGGAGGGAGGUGGCAGAGUGGAGGGAGAUCCACGCUGCCAUGGCUCUGUCUAACUUGGCCCAGGGGCAGAGCUGCGCCACAGGGCCCACCACCACCAGCUGUGCCACAGGGCCCUCCUCCACCACCAGCUGCGCCACAGGGCCCACCACCACCAGCUGCGCCACAGGGCCCUCCUCCACCACCAGCUGCGCCACAGGGCCCACCCCUACCAGUUGCAUCAUCCAGAAGUCUUCUCACAUCUCCGAGAUAAAGACUGUCAAAGUGGUCUAGACACUGAUCACUCAAUGUCUAGACACUAUUUCCCUCUAGGCGCAGAUCUAGGAUCAGCUUCUCCUCCUCCAAUCCUAUCCUUACUAAUUAGCGAGGAAAAUGCAAAACAGAACCAAGAUCAGCGUCUAGGGGCAUCUUCAACCUACACCGUCUGGACCAUGGCCAAUCUGGUCACUUGAAUCAAUUUGAAUUACAAAAGGCAACCUGUAAUUUAUAUUAUACGUUUUUACAACCUACAAUAUUAAAUUGUGGUAAAAAAUCAAAUAAAAUGCGAUUUUCAAGACUUAACACAAGUGUAGAGGGACUGCAGUAAAAAAACAGUGUUGACCAACUUUGCAAAGUUACCUACUCUGUCAAAGUGUUUCAACAUUUUCGAUUUUGAUGUGAGAGGAAUCUGAAAGGACAAAUUGCUACCUUGAUGUAAAUGUAAAUAUUUUUUUAUUUAACCUUUAUUUAACUUGGCAUGUCAGUUAAGAACAAAUUCUUAUUUACAAUGACGGCCUACCAGGGAACAGUGGGUAAACUGCCUUGUUCAAGGGUAGAAUAUGACAGAUUGCUUUUACCUUGUCAACUCGGGGAUCCAAUCUAGCAACCUUUCGGUUAGUGGCCCAACGUUCUAACCACUAGGCUACCUGACGCCCCAAAUAUUAGAUAAAUAGCGUUGUAGCAGUAUUGUAAAAUAAUGUGGCAUCGAAGUCAUGAUAGAAUAUAGUAGCACAUUUCAGAGCAAAAAUAGAACUGAGGAUUUUUUCAAUACUAAAGACCAGUUUUCAUCAGUUUUCACCAUGAGGUGAACCCCACCCCUUUGGUAGUCUCACCUCAUGGUCUGGGUAUGGAGUAAAGGCGUCCGCAUGCUUCCCAGACUAACAGGUUUGGAAGAGUUUGUAUAUACAUUGUACGCCAUUUUGUGACAUUUUUGUUUGUGUUGGACUCCAGUAAGUAUUUUUUCAGAUUUUCGGGCACAUUUAAAAAAAAAAAAAAUCUUUAUAGAGGCCAACUGAAGUUUAGGACUCAAAGUUUUCACACCUUCUUCCGUGAUUGGUCAACUGUAGGGAUUCUUUAAUAAAGUCUUUGUUGUCAUUCAACGAGAGAGACGA